AUGUCAAUCGCCGUUGAUCGUGUCCAAAAUUACUAUCAAUAUUCCGAUGCAGAGGCAAAGUUCUAUCAGCUGCUUAAUCCUGAAGUUCAGGAUGUAAAAGUGGAAAAGGUUGAAGAAAAAGUGUGUCCAAAAGAAAGCAAUCAGGAUAUUAAGCCUAAGAAAGCAAAAAAGAAUAAAAAGAAGGAAAGUUCCGAGAAUGUCCAGAAAUCUGAGGAUCCAGUUAAGCAGCAACAGCAACAACAACCAGAAAAAAUAAAGAAAAUUGUUGUUAAAGACAGUUUUAAGGACGAUGAGUCAUUAAAAGAAGAUUCUGGAAUAGCUGAAAGUCCAACUGAAUCUACGGCAGCAACUGCCACGAAGAAAAAGUCUCGAUCCAAACGUCAACGAGAAAAGAAGGCAGCUGAAAAAGCAGCAGCAGUUGUAUCAUCUCAACAAACUGAAGUUCAAGUUCAGCCUAAAGUUGAGAAUGUUCCAAAAACUGAUCCAGUCAUACCCAAAACUGUCCAAGAAUCUUUAAAACCUAAAGAAACAACAGCUAAUAAGAAGAAAAAGAACAGCAACAAGAAUCCACCGACGGAACAGAAACCAGUCAAAGACGAAUCAAAGAAUGGCAUUUCAUGCACAUCUACAGCAACCUCGACAUUAGCCACUGAAAUCGCAAAGGCCAGACAACACAUCAAGUCAUCCUUAGAACGUGUCGAUGGUGUAUCCAAUUUCAAUAUUCCCGGAUCUGAACUGUUGGAACGAAUUUCAGUUUUGGAAAAAGACAAUGCUUCACUCAGAGGACUUGUUGAUGGCAUGCAGAAGUUAGUCAUAUCAUUAGAAACUCGCUUAAAUAAGUUAGAAGGCUCCCCACAACAGACAUCUGCCCCAGCUCCAGUUCCAGUUGCAGCCGCAAAUGAUGAUGAUGAUGAUGAUGUCGACUUAUUCGGUUCAGACGAGGAAGUAGAUGAAGAGGCUGAAAAAUUAAAGGAAGAAAGAGUAAAGGCAUACGCUGAAAAGAAAUCCAAGAAACCCGUACUCAUUGCCAAAUCCUCAAUCUUAUUGGAUGUUAAGCCAUGGGAUGAUGAAACAGACAUGAAAGAAAUGGAAAAGCAAGUCCGUACUGUUGUAAUGGAUGGCCUUCUUUGGGGAGCCAGCAAAUUGAUUCCAUUAGCUUACGGAAUUAAGAAAUUGCAAAUUAUGUGUGUCAUUGAAGACGAUAAGGUUUCAGUCGAUGAGCUUCAAGAAAAGAUUCAGGAGUUUGAAGACUUUGUUCAAUCCGUUGAUAUUGCUGCAUUCAAUAAGAUUUAA